GAACUGUGGAGUUUCUGUGUGGCCUCGUGCCUUUUCUUGGUGGCGGGAAAAGUCGGUCGAGGUUGGAGGAGCUUGCAGAAUUGCUGCAGUAGCUCUUGCUGCUCCUCGUCUUUAGGUCCUCCUCGCUCCAGAAGGCACAAAGAAAGUGUAGCUUCUGAGCUGAAUGAUGACAACAUUGCACAGUAAAGAUGAAUGUGGGAAAGGACCAAAAAAACCCUUUGCCCCUCCUGCACAAAAAUUGCAUAGCCUGAUGCCCUAUAGCCCUAACUCACCCAAAGGGGAGACUCUGGGGAUUAGUUCCCAAGAGGCAGAGGCCAGGCUGAACCUUCUGAAGGCCAGGUUAGAGAAGAAGGAGGAGAAAGCAACCACAGAGAACGGUGCAAGCAGCGGCCAGGAGGAAAGAAUAAAGGCUCAAGACAACAAGCAAGCAGAGAAGAAAGAGAAGGAAAAAUCAAGUCUUACCGAUGAAGAAUUUGAGGAGAUUGUCCAGACUGUGCUCCAGAAGUCCCUCCAACAAUGCAUGGUUAUGGCUUGUGAGACUUCCUAUGUCCAGCCCAUAAGAUGUACCCAGUUAGACAAGGAACCAGGAAAUGCUUCUUCUACUACUGAUAAUGGUAACGCUAAUAGAGAGAGGGUAAUGGGACCUCAUAUUCUAGAGAUUUCAGCUUCUCAGGAAGAUGGAAUAAUUCCUAAGACAAAGACAUCUAAGCCAGGCCAGCCAGAUCCUACAACCUCUGAGAAGAAAUUCGGUAAACUCUCCUUGAACAAAAGAAAGAAGAAAGCUCAAGAUGAGAAUAUGAAGAAAGCCCAAAGUGGGUAUGAGCACAGACAGAAAGAUCAACCGAAGAAAAUGGUUCAGGAUCAUUCUCAGAUCAGGGACCAACAAAAAAGAGAGGAAAGUGGCUUUGGUCAAUGUCUAGUCUGGGUCCAGUGUUCCUCCCCAAACUGUGAGAAGUGGAGGCAGCUUCGUGGGAACAUUGACCCCUCAGUCCUUCCAGAUACUUGGUCCUGUGACCAGAAUACAGACUUGGAGUAUAAUCGCUGUGAUAUCCCUGAGGAGACCUGGGUAGGGCCUGAGAGUGAAGUGGCCUAUGCCUCCUACAUCCCAGGAUCCAUCAUCUGGGCCAAGCAAUAUGGUUACCCCUGGUGGCCAGGCAUGGUAGAAUGUGAUCCUGACCUGGGGGAAUAUUUUCUUUUUGCUUCUCAUCUUGAUUCCCUGCCGUCUAAGUACCAUGUGACAUUUUUUGGAGAAACAGUCUCUCGUGCUUGGAUCCCAGUCAACAUGCUAAAGAACUUCCAGGAGCUGUCUCUGGAGCUAACUGGAGUGAAAAAGUGCAGGAACAAGGACUAUUGCCAGAAACUGCGGGUAGCCAUGAUAAUGGCUCAAGAGGCAGAACAGAUCAGUAUUCAGGAUCGGGUUACACUGUUUGGUUUCUGGAGCAGAUACAAUGGAUCUGACCAUUGUAGGGAAGGAAAAGACUUAAUGCUUUCUGGGGCUAAAGGCCCAGAUCUCUCCUUGGAGAAAGAGGAAGACUCAGACUUGGAGGAGGAGGAGGAAGGAAAAAAACGCCCAACUUUGCCUACUCCCAAGCCAGCCAAAACUCAGACAAAAAAACCCAAGGCAAGAGGCACAGCAGAUGGACAAGACGGGGCUCAGCAAGGGAAGUCGAUGAAUAGACCUUUGGGAAAUGAACCUGCAGCUGUCCCUGUACCCAUAAAGGGAAGGAAAGAAGUACACGGAAGUUCAGAUCCUGAUGAACCAGGUCCUAAGAAGAAAUUUAAAGCUCCCCAAAGCAAGGUGUCAGCAACCAGCUUGUCUGAAAGAAAGGAGGUUAGAAUGGUGCCAAAGGGCCUGAUCCUACCAACCCAUCACGGGGCCUGUCCUUCCAUGGGGAGAGAAGAGCCCGGAUCUCAGGAACUACAGGAGGCUGGAAGCUUCCCCUCUGAUGAUGAAACCUCCAGUGGCCUGGACCUUGAGCAACUCAUGGAAGAUGUUAGGAAAAACACAGAGCAGGGGGUGGAGCUGCAGCAUAGAGAUGACACAGAGGAGUUUACCUUCUUUGAGGAGUAGUUCUGUGUUUGUGUUCUAUCCCCUCUUCCCUGGGAGCAAGAGGGAGAGCCUUUCAGAGGGCCCCAGAGAAUUGUUUAGAUUGGUCAUUGACUACAAGAUUAAUAAGUGGCUAAAGUCAGAGUUGUAUGUUUUAUGUGUUAAUAAAAUAGGUUACUGGUUUAAUUGGUUUGUCUCUAAUAAUGUGCUUCAACUUGGCUUCUCUCCCUCCAUGUCACUGUGGCACAUCAUUGUGGCUGGCAGGAGAAC